UAAAAGCUCUCGCCGCAUGGGUCCGGUUCAUUAAAGCAAGGGUCAAUAAAUGGGACCCUGGACUCACUCGAGUACUCAGUUAAUGGACUAGAAUGGUCUGAGUCGGUUGGCAGAGGAGGACCCGAGGCUUUCAUCAGCCCCCCACCCUCACCCCCCCGAGAAACGAGAUGACCUCUGAUUCACUCGGCGGAUCUCGUCGUCGUAUGGUGGCGACGAGGAUGAUCCUUCUGUGUGGAUGGAUGGUGGUUGUUGUCCAGGCAACUCAGGACAAGUAUGACAGCAAUUGCGAGACUCUCCCGAUGGAAAUUCACAUUUCUAAAGAUGAAUAUGACAGUGAAAGCCACAUGUUAAUGCGAACCUGUGAGGAGAGUAUCAUCGUCAACAAAUGCGAAGGAGCUUGUACGUCAAGCAUCCAACCCAGUGCCAAGAAUCCUCUGGGUUUCCACAAGGAAUGCAAAUGUUGCCGGGAGAGCUCCUAUCGAGAACGUACCAUCAAAUUGACCAAUUGCUACGAUCCAGAUGGACAACGUCUCACCAAACCCGGUGUGUCCACCAUGUCCGUGUCCUUGAACGAACCCAACGAUUGUCAAUGCCAUGAAUGUGGCAAGAAGAUUUAGUUGGUCCAGACCACCAAUGUCAGUUUUAGGGAGCUUGCUCUGAGGAAUCCAAUUUAAAUCCAUGAUGUACACUAUUACUGUAUGUAGGUACUAUCGACUGUAUGCGUAAAUGCACUUCUUUGGUUUGUACUUCCUAGUUUACGCUUGACUCAUGAACACAUACACGACAAGGUUGAAAUACACAGCAAAUAAUUGAU